AUGAGACAAAAAGUUGCGACUGGUAUUCUGGCACUGGCAUUUUCUGCAGCGUGUGUUGCGGCGGAGGGGACACCAGUCCUGAUUCCUCGAGCCUCAACGACGGUCACCCCAAUUACAAUUACGGGAAAUGCAUUUUAUAAAGGCUCAGACCGAUUCUAUAUUCGAGGCGUGGAUUAUCAACCAGGUGGAGGAACUGGUGUUGAAUCGGACCCAAUUUCAAAUUUGACCGCUUGCGAGAGAGACAUUCCAUACUUCACCAAGCUGGGCAUCAACACAAUCCGGGUGUAUGCCGUCGACAACUCCAAGAAUCACGACACGUGUAUGAACGCACUCGCUGCUGCUGGAAUCUACCUCGUCCUCGACACUGAUACCUCGAAAUACUCUCUCAACCGAGAGGACCCCUCCGAAUCAUACAACAGCGUCUAUCUCCAAAGUGUAUUCGCCACUAUCGAUGCGUUUGCCAACUACUCCAACACGCUCGCGUUCCUAUCGGGCAAUGAGGUUAUCAACAGUGCCGCGAACACCAAUUGCGCGCCAUACGUAAAAGCCGUCACUCGGGACAUGAAGCAGUAUAUUGGAAGCAGGGGUUAUCGUUCCAUCCCAGUUGGGUAUUCCGCGGCAGACGUGGCAGAGAACCAGGAAUUGAUGGCAGAUUACAUGAAUUGUGGAACGACCGAUCAACGCAGCGACUUCUAUGCCAUCAAUGACUACUCAUGGUGUGAUCCCUCCUCUUUCACCACCUCAGGCUGGGACACUUUAGUGAAGAACUACACGGGCUAUGGAAUUCCUCUCUUCAUGUCCGAAUACGGCUGCAUAACCAACACCCGCACUUUCGAAGAAGUCGCCGCGCUCUACAACACGGAAAUGACUGGAGUCUUCUCCGGCGGUCUGGUGUACGAAUAUUCCCAAGAAGGCAACGGCUACGGUCUCGUGACCAUCUCUGGGGACACCGUGACGCCUAACUCAGACUUCACUGCCUUGCAAUCCGCCUACUCCGCCCAAGCCAACCCGACUGGAAACGGAGGAGCCAGCUCAACUUCUGCAUCGACUACUUGCCCAACCAAAAGCUCGGAGUGGGAUGUUGCGAACGAUGACCUGCCUGCUAUCCCGGCUGCUGCUGAAGUAUAUAUAAGUGCUGGUGCUGGGGCGGGACCUGGUUUGAGUGGUGCAGGGAGUCAGAACUCGGGCAAUUCAAGCACAGAGAGUACGGGGACAGCGAGCGCGGGGAGUGGGACAGUGACCGAGACUGCGACCUCGAGUAGCAAGAAGAGCGAGGGUGCGAGAGCCCCGACUUUCGAUUUCCGGGCUUUAACGGUUGGGGUGGUGAUUUUGUUCUCGAUGGCGGGAGGGAUGGCUUUGUUGUGA